UCACCUCUUCUCCUUCCCUACCUCCCGAAGAUGCACAAUUGCCGCCAUCCUCCUCUCCUUGAUGCAUGGCUUGAUCCCAACGCCCAUCAAGAUCACAGGUCGCCACCAUCCUCCUCGCCUUCUGCCUUCCGGGCGUCCGGCCAACCGUGCCAGGGAAGUGGAAUCCCGUGUAACCUCCGGUGGCACCACAGUCUUCCCCUUCCCUGCCUCCAAAGAGACGCCCUCCCGUUCGCCACCCUAGACGGCUUUCUGACUCAAAGCUUUGCCCUUCAGCCCCUUUGUCGCCCUCCCUGACUCAGAGUUCUGGCCCUGAACCCCUGCUUCCUUUCUUCCUCCCCACCAUCUUCCUCCCCACCGCCAAUUUAAACGCCUCUCAUGCCCCCCUGCUCGCGUUGGUUCUGUUCAGAUCGAUGCAGACCACACCUUCAUCCGCCCUCGUCGUUCCCUACCCAAUUGUUCGACCUCGCAGUCCUUUGCUGUGAUCUUCUCCCUCAUACAUAUGAGCAGUUUGAAGAGUUAGUUUUGGUUGAUGCGUGAUAUUAGCAGUUUCUGAUAAUGAAAUCACCAAUCAACAAUUCAAGCCAGCCAUCUACCUGGUGCUCUGGCGUGAUUUUGGUCUUCUUUCAAGCAGAGAAAGAAGAGAUUAAGUUCACCAUCCCUUCUCUUCAUUGCUUAUAGUCAUGGCUACCAAAAGAUCUCCAAAUAAAACAGGGAAGGUUUAAUUUGUGCACUUCCUUUAUUGUAAACUUUUGUUCUGAAAUCAGCCUCCGAGUUAUGGAUCUCCAAAUAAAACAGGGAAGGUUUAAUUUGUGCACUUCCUUUAUUGUAGUCAAAAGGCAUCUUCAAUUUGUUAAGAAAACUUUUGUUCUGAAAUCAGCCUAGGAGUUAUGGCAACAAGGUUACUUAUAAGCCAUAUUUUCCAUUUUCUUCUUUCAAGUGAUUCCUAUUUAGUCAUGCAUGUUUUGAAUUACUAUGUUAUCAUAUUCGAAUUUUGUCCCAACUGCUCCAUAGAAUAUAAGCUAGCUGAGAAUGGAACACAGAUGUAAUAAACACCAUAAUUAUUCACAUGGUUUAUAGUUGUAAAUAAAAUUAUGCUACCUGGUCGUCUAUAAUGAUUUAGUUUUCUCUUGCCUGCUUUUUUCAGAACAGAUUGUGAUAUCUACAUAAGUGCAGACAGGUGAAGGAUUUCAUGUGAUUGUGGUCGUAACUAUUGAUUAUUUAUAAUGAUUUAUCUGCCUAUACAAUGUUUUUUGUUUGGAUCUUUCGUAGCUUUGGUAUCUUCGAAUGAUAAUACAGUGGGCGAUGAUGUGAUAGUACAACUGCUUAACGACUAUAGGAGGUCCACUGCAUCCAUCAUGGCAGAUGAAUAUGAGCUCUGUGGUCUCGGGUGACCAACCAACGACCCAGGCUAUUGAGCCCACUGGGUCGGAUCCGAAAGCUUCGGGUCCCUCAAUCGUCAUUGAGACGGUUGAGCCUCAAGUAGCAAUGCCUGAGGUGUCUUCUUCGGCGAGUGAGGAGCAUCAACUCGAAGGGUUGCCCCACUUGUCGACUCGCUUGGAGAGCAGCGGAGCCGAAACGGCUCCCUCGACUCCAGCUUGCCACUCGAUCAUCCGCUCCAUAACGGAGUUUGUUGAUCGCUAUGAGGAGGCGACGGCUGAGCGAGAUCAGCUUCGUCGAGACUUGGAGCAAAGCCAACAAGAGCUGAGGUCUGCUCAAGAUCUCCUUUCUCAGGCUAACUCCCUCAAAGAUGCCGUCGAGCUUCAGUCCAAGAGUUUGGAGAAGAAGCUUGCUGAUCUGGCCAGGGAGUCAGCAAAGAAGAUGGAGGCUGAAAAAUGCCUCGCCCAAGAAGCCUCGGACGCCCUUCUCGCCAAGGAGGCCGAGACGGAGAAGACGAGAGCUGUCCGACUCCAAGAAGUUGUCGGUCCUCUUGCAGGCCUGCUUUCCUUGUCGGGUAUUUUGACCUCGAGUGAGAAUUCACUCGAUAAGGUGAUUUACAUUGUGGCAAGCGUCAGCUCGGGAGCGGCGACUGGCAUUCAGCAAGCUUGUUCGGGAAGAUGUUUCCUGACGAGCAGGUGCCGGAGUCGCUAACGAAUUCAGCCGGGUCUAGACCAAUUCCGGUGCGGAGUCGAUGUUCGUGUUAGCACUAGCACACGGCGUCGGCGAGGACAUGCUACGGAAGGUGGUUUCAGGCCCUCCGUUGUUACCCAGCGGGGAGGAGGUGGCCUUGACGCCUUACUUCCAGCUUGGGGAAGAACUGGUGACCCAGCUGUCGGCUCAGCUGGGGAAUAUGGCCGCUAAGGGAGAAGCGGCUCCACCAUCGUCGACUCCUGCGCCGAGCCAGGAGCGGCAGAAAGAGCCCGUGACUCCGAUAGUUGAAGUAGGCGCCGAGAAAGUUGCGACAUCCGAGUCGAAUAUCACGAGUGCUGAGGUCUCGGCUAAGAUGCACCCUUCGAAAACCGCGGAGUCGAUGGCUCCUAAGGAGGUUCCUUCCCUAGACAAGACUCGAAGCGAAAUAGAGUUCUUUCGUCGACACCUCCAAGAAGCCGAAACUCAGGCCAAAGACUCAACGAUGCAGAGUCGGAGAGCCGUGAGCGAGUUGCAGAUUGCCAAGACCAAGCUAAAGGCGGCUGCCGCCCGCGAAGAGUUUAUCUUCGAGGAGCUUCGUGGGCUGAAUGUGCAGACCGACCCGCGAGCUGAGCAAGAUCGGGUAAGCAAUGCCCUGAAUGCUCGCCAAACGAUCGAUCGAUCAUCGUUCUGGUCUAACCGAGCAAGGGGUCAUGAACUAAUGCUUUUGCGAGACCGCAUAGACCAGAACAGAAGCUUCUUCGAUUCUCACUUAGAGACUUUGAAGGCGAUUCAUCAGGCAUUCUGGCCCUUGGAGGAGGUGCCCCAAGAGCUGAGCAAGCUGACCCGAAAGCUUGGGCAAGACAACAUCUUUCGGGAGCUGAUGGUACCGUCAGCUGGUCCGGGGGGCGAACAUAGCGUUGGCGUUUGUGCGGAUCCAGCACCCUCGACUCGAUCUCAGCCGAAUCUCGAAGCUUCCUGGUGACCCUGACAAUGAAAUCGACAUGCGACCUCAUUUCAAGGCUGUUUACGUGCUGGCGGCGAGGAUCAUCGGCUGGCGUUACUGGAAGGAAGAAGACCUUAUAGCUUGACAGCGUCGAUUGCCGAGUCCAUAGUAAAUAGUAGUAAAAUAGAUUAUAUCGGGUGCGCGACCAGCGCUCCUGGUGGGAGUAGCCCCCGAGUCUGGUGACGACUGUUUGAAGUG